AUGUUGCAAGCUGAACAAAAAGCCGAGCAACACGACCCAGAAACAGUGCUUCAAUCUGACACCUGGAUUCGUGUAUUGCAGGGCGCACAUCGAACCUUCCAUCGGAGGAACAGUGGGGGAGGUUUAUUAGCGUUGAAUAGCAGAGGUACCAUGUUGUGGGUUGUAGCAGGAGGUAUUAGACGGGUAUUAGACAACACGCGCAGCGAGGUUUUGGUUUUCGCGCAGGAAAUAAUUAUCUGA